GUCGAAGCACCGGCGGAGGAGGGCGAUCAACCGACUCCACAUCAAUCGUAUUCGUAUUAGGAAAAGAUCAAUGUAUUCGUAUUAGGAAAAUUCAGCGAGUGGCUGUGCAGCCGAACCAAAAAGGCAGAUUCUGAAAAUAGCGAGCUGUGGGUACGCGAUUGGGAUUCACUCAGGAAUUUUACGGUUGAAAGUGAAUGCUGCAUUUAAGGAAAGAGAGAGGCGCUGGCGAUGACAUAUCAACAUAUAUCGGAGGCCGGAACGCUCUUGGCAGCCGAAGAAGAAGAAGAAGAGGGAGAAGAGGCUGUGCAGGAGCUUAUGAUGGAGGGGCCUAGCUCUGAGUCUCGGGCUCCGAAGGCAAAUGGUGAGGUGCAUUCGGCGGUUGAAAUACCAGAGACGGCACAUCAGAUCAGCAAAGAUUCAUGGCUUCAAGUCGGUUUUGUCCUCACCACCGGAAUCAACAGUGCUUUUGUUUUGGGGUAUUCUGGGACAACUAUGGUUCCUCUUGGUUGGGCUGGUGGUGUGAUUGGUUUUCUUUUAGCCGCAGGAAUAUCACUUUAUGCAAAUUCUCUCGUUGCCAAGCUCCAUGAAUUUGGUGGAAAGAGACAUAUUAGAUACAGAGAUCUUGCAGGAUAUAUAUAUGGUAAGAAAGCAUAUACUCUGACUUGGGCUUUGCAAUAUGUAAAUCUUUUCAUGAUUAAUACUGGAUUUCUCAUUUUGGCAGGUCAGGCUCUGAAGGCUGUCUAUGUUCUUUUUAGGGAUGACGGUGUCAUGAAGCUCCCAUACUUUAUUGCGAUUGGAGGCUUUGUAUGUGCCAUCUUCGCCAUAGGAAUCCCACACUUGUCAGCUCUAGGGAUUUGGCUGGGUUUUUCGACAUGCUUGAGUCUAAUAUAUAUCGUUACAGCAUUUGUGCUGUCACUUACAGAUGGAAUUAAAGCUCCAUCUAGGGAUUACAGCAUCCCAGGAACAGAAGCAAGCAAGGUCUUCAGUAUUAUAGGGGCAGCUGCUAAUCUUGUUUUUGCAUUCAACACAGGAAUGCUUCCUGAGAUACAGGCAACUAUUAGACAACCUGUGGUUAAGAAUAUGAUGAAAGCUCUCUACUUCCAAUUUACUGCUGGAAUUCUACCACUGUAUGCUGUUGUUUUUAUGGGGUAUUGGGCUUAUGGAUCAACAACAUCAACCUAUUUGCUCAAUAGUGUCUCUGGUCCAGUUUGGGUUAAGACAAUGGCCAAUCUUGCUGCCUUCCUGCAAACGGUUAUUGCUUUGCAUCAUUUCUCCCUGACUACAUUUUCACGCUGCUCGUAUGUAGCUAUGCCAAGUUUUGAUGUCUUUCACACACCUUGUGUCCCACCUUCAAUUUAAUGCCAUCAUAACUUGGUGCUUUUUGUGACUGAAGAAGUUGCUUGUUCCUCUGAAGAUCCUCACUGUAUCCUUAAAACUAGAGUAAAAAAUUCAUGAAUCUCACCGUUCUGAGUUUUUAGAAGAAUUUAACAAAGAAACCAGUGAUGUCUUUCACAUUGUUAUGCCCCACCUUAAUAUAUCAUAAAUUUCUUGCUAUGUUUAACUGAAUAAGCUGAUUGGUGUCUUAUGAAAACCACAACUUACCCUUAAAAGAGGAUGAAAGACAAAUCCAAGGAUCUCACUCUAAUUUAGGUUUUUAAAAGUAUCAAUCUUAUGACUCUAGUGUAUUCUCCAAGACAUGUUAUAAGAAAAUACGAUAUAUAUUAGCUCAGUUUCUAGGUUUUACUUUUAUCAUCUAUACAUAAACUACGCAAUUUGCAAUCACAAAGAACUUGAAAAUCACAGCAGAGGGACCCAACCUAAUCAACGAUUCUUGUGAAUUUGUUCAGUUUCAGUCUUUUUACCUUUAUAUUGCAUAAUUUUGUCUUCUAUAUCUUAAUUUUAUUGAUACUUGUGGUUUGUGGAAUUCAGAUUGAUCUCUAUACAAAAACUAUUUACCUACUUCUACUCUAAAUAAAUAUCCUGCAAGAUUUUGGUUGAUUUCAUGUGUAUCUGAAAAUUUUGAAGAUUGUAUCUGGGUUUCAAUUUUUUGAGAUCUCCUCUUUUUAUGUUUUUUUUGUAGUUAUAUCAUAUUUUCCAUGUUUAUAAGAAGAAAGAUUUAAUGGCAAAAGUAAAUCAGCAUGGCAUUCUGUAAUCAGGAAUCAUAAGCCUUACAAAGACAUAAUUGCAGCUUAUAUGAAUCCCUUGCAAGCUCUUUCCAUUUAAACUUC